CCUCAUAUAUCCAUCCCAUCCCUGAAGUGAUAUAACAACACAUAACCUCUAAAUAAUUAAGUGUAAAAGAUUUUUAUUUAAAUUAUGGCAGGACUUAUUGUUGUUCAGCAAUCUCUCUUCAGAAAAAUUCUUCCUGCCGUAUCUAGAAGACUUGUUUCAACAUCUAAAAAGAGUCAUGACACCGUUUCAGUCGAAGUCAGCAAGGCUCAAGUUAAAACUCCUGUUAGCAAGAACUGGGUUAGUUAUGGGUAUAAUUUCGAGUCCAAAGAAGCUGACAGAAAUGCUAUGCAUUCGAUAAUGUUUGCAUCUGUUACCUUGUGUUUAGUUGUUGGUGGAUUCUUUUGGGCAUAUAUGCCAGAUUACAACCUCAGAGAUUGGGCACAGCGGGAAGCUUUUCUAGAGCUGCGAAGAAGGGAAGAAAACAAUUUACCUCUUGUCGAUCCCAACUUAAUUGAUCCUGCCAAAAUUGUACUUCCCACUGAUGAGGAAUUGGGGGAUACUGAAAUCAUUAUUUAACUGUUAAUUGUAAUGUAUGUAAAUAAUAUUUGACAUUAAAAUAUCCCAAUCUAUGAAAAGUUUGAA